UGUCCAGCUGUACGAUUCUUGUGCUUAUUUUAAAUUAGGAUAACGUCACACCUUACGUUUUAUGCAAAAAAAAACUUUCCAUUUUUUGAGUUUAGGAUGACACAUGAUCAUGUUAUGGGAUUUUUCUGUAACCCGCAGAGCAAAUUAUGGACAUGUUAGCUUUAUCAUUCCUUUCGUACAUACAUCUCCAGCUGAUUUCUAAAUAGUAAAAAGAGCUACAUUUAUCUUAGAUCAUCGACAUUUUGCCCGAAGGCGGUUUAUUUCAAUCGUCAGUAACAGGUUAGUGAGUGCAAGAAAAUUACUUUACAGAAAAAUGAGUUACUUAAUGAACAUAUUUAGAAUUCUAUUGAAUGGCAAGUUUUUAAUUGCAAAAAUAUUUAAAUAAUUCAUGGCUUCCGUAGAUAAAACAAGUAUAUAUGUACGGUAAACUGAAAACAUUAUAUUAUUUUUAUAAAAUACAAUUUUCAUAAUCUUUCCGCAGUGAUAGUCCAGACUUGUAAAGCGUAUCGUUACCGCGGCAUUUGUUGCUUGAGAUUUCCUAUUUAAAUUAUUUAAAAGCAAACAAACCAUGGAAUUAGAAAAAAAUAUUUUAUGUACACUUUUAAUUUGUUAUUUACACUUAAAGUUUGAAAUUACUAAAGCAGAAGAAUCUUGUCAAUUACCGAGCUACGAGCAGGGUGUAUGUGUCCCUUUCAAUCAGUGUAAAUUCAUUACUGAUUUGUUCGAAAAAUAUCAAGAUCGAAUUCCGAGCCAUCACAUUAGUUAUAUAACUCGUUCAAAGUGCUCAAAGGAUACAGAACCGAUACGUAUAUGCUGUAAACCUGAAGAAGUUGAACAAGUUGCUGCUUUGGUUGAACCAGCUUUACUGAAAACAGUGGGUAAAUUCGUAGAAGACACUGACUAUAAUCGUGAUUUUGUUUCGCAAUUGAACACGGAAGGUUUAAACAUUCUUAAUAACCUGACCUGCGGUGAUUCCAAUAGCAAUCGCGUACUAGGGGGUGAAGAGACGAAUUUGAAUGAAUUUCCCUGGAUGGCAUUGUUACGCUAUGACAGCCCGAGCAAUGAAUUUAAAUGCGGAGGUUCGUUGAUAACCAAUUUUUAUGUCCUUACAGCUGCUCAUUGCGCAAAAACACCCGAUCCAAUAAAAUAUCUUCUUCUAAGUAUUGGUGUUCGCUUAGGAGAACAUGAUCUGUCCAACGAUGUUGAUUGUGAGCAAAGGGGCACGAAAGAAUUUUGUGCGCCACCGGUGGAAAAUUUCGGUGUGGAACGUAUUAUAAUCCACCCGAAAUAUACCGUCCGAUCUACCAGCAAUGACGUGGCUCUUGUGAAACUCGAUAGAAAAGUGGAGUUUAAAGCACACAUUAAACCGAUCUGCUUACCGGCGACACAACGUUCCAUGGAAGUAAACAUUAAUGAGAAAAUCUUUGUGGCUGGUUGGGGAGCGACUGAAGCGGGUUCGCAAUCGAGUUUAUUGCUCAAAGCUUUCGUGCAGCGAUAUAAUCAUUCGGUUUGCGGCAAUGCUUUUAAAAUCGUGCUGAGUGAAAAGCAAUUAUGCGCCGGUGAUAUAGAGAAUGGUCACGACACUUGCAAGGGUGACAGUGGAGGUCCUUUAUUUCAGUUGAAUGCAUAUAAACGGUUUAAGAAAUUCAUACAAUAUGGCAUAGUAGCAGCGGGAGGGACGGCCUGUGAUUUCCGUUAUCUUUUGCCUAGCAUUUUUACUAAUAUCGUGACAUAUAUGCCUUGGAUUACUGAACAUAUUGUUUAUUUUUUAUUUUUAAGCUCAAUUUUUCUUUUGAUCGACGCUCAGCAAACCUGUGUAACGCCGAGUAACGAAAACGGCCGUUGUGUAUCAUAUAAAGAAUGCCAAUUUGUUAAUGAUUUAUACGCAAAAUACGCAGAUAAUAUUCCUCAAUAUUUAUUGGACUAUCUAAUACGAUCGAAGUGCUCAACUGGUAAUGAACCGGUGAGAUUAUGCUGUAAAGUGGAACAAGUAGUGGUUAGUACUAAACCAACCAGCCUAUCGAAAAGCAGCAGGGAUGUUGAUGACCUUAAUUAUAGUCUCGAUUAUAUUUCCCAACUAAACGCGCAAGGUUUAAAAAUACUUAGCAAUAUUAGAUGUGGCUAUGCUGGUAGCAAUUUUUUGGCAGGUGGUAACGAAACGAAACUUAACGAAUAUCCUUGGAUGGCGUUAUUAAAAUAUGACGGUGAAAAAUUUAAAUGUGGUGGAACUCUAAUUACUAAUAAUCACAUUUUGACAGCCGCUCAUUGCGUUUUGGCGUCCACGGAUCCAGUUAUAGGAGUACGAUUGGGGGAACACGAUAUUACUAAAGAAAUUGAUUGCCAACCGGGUAUAAAAACGAAAUGCGCUCCUCCGCCAGAAGAUUUCGGAAUAAAGAAAAUUAUUGUUCACCCAAAAUAUAAUUUUAGAAAGAGAAUUAAUGAUAUAGCACUUCUCCAAUUAGACCGACCUGUUCAGUUUAGGAAAGAGAUAAAUCCAAUUUGCCUACCCAUGACGCCAAAUGCACUAAAUGUUGACUAUAAUGAUAGAUUUUUAGUGGCUGGAUGGGGUACAACCGAAACCGGCUCUCAGUCUAAUGUUCUAUUGAAAGCCUUUUUGAAGAUUUCCAAACUUUCUUAUUGUGCAAAUCAAUUUCGAUUAGAGGUUAAUUUAAAACAUAUCUGCGCCGGCGAUUUAGAAACUGGUCGCGACACGUGCAAAGGUGACAGUGGCGGUCCCCUUUUUCAGUUGGCUCCUUAUCAAGAUUUAAAGAAAAGAUUUAUACAAUAUGGAAUCGUCUCAUUUGGUGGCGUCGCCUGCGAUUUAACAAAAUUACUUCCAGGUCUCUACACAAAUGUCAUUACGUUUAUGCCUUGGAUUACUACCAAUAUAGUUUAAAAUAUAUAUUUAUUUAUUUAUUUUUUUUUUGACAUUUGAUGCUCCAUACAAUGUAAUAUUCAGGUGAACCAAUUUUCCUAAUUAAUCUACAUUAGUUUACAAGAACUUUUUAAUACCAAAAUUUUUCAUGGAGCAUUUUAAAGAAUUUUCCUUACAUCUGUUUUGAUAGCUUAAAGGAGUACAUGAAAUAAACGCCUGAGUCUGUAAAAUUGUGUACUUCCAUAGAAGAGAGAUGUCUACAUUUAAUUAAUUCGCUAUCAGUCGCUUUACAUUAAAAACAUUAUAUUAUAUUGUGCCUUAUUUAAUGAAAUUAACAUUAUGUAUAUGCAGUAGCAAUAAAGGAAGGCAAAAACGAAGAAAAAUUAAUGACCAAAUUGGAAUAAACAUCUAAUAAAUUCAUUA